AUGUCACCCUUCACCGUGCCACCCGGCGACCAGAGCGUCCAGGUUCGAAUCAUCGAUUCGACUACUAGGAUUGGCAAAUUACCACUGGCGUUUCUCAUGGAACCUCCGAUGGAGGGGAUGCAUUAUAUGCAUCCACUUCCGGCCUGGUCGUUCCUGAUCGAGCAUCCUUCCGGUCAAAAGAUUCUCUAUGAUCUUGGAGUUCCGAAAGAUUUGAACUCGUUUGCGCCGGUAAUUUGUAAACAUCUCGAGACGCAGGGAUGGGAAGUUGAUGUCAAGGAAGAAGUGAUCGAUACUCUCGAUAAAAAUGGUAUCGCGGCGAAUGAGAUUUCCGCUAUCAUCUGGAGUCACUGGCACUGGGAUCAUAUCGGUGACCCAUCGCGGUUUCCUUCCUCUACCGAUCUCAUCGUCGGCCCUGGUUUCAAGGCUGCUUUCCUUCCCGGUUAUCCAGCGAAUCCAGGUGCUCCUGUACGUGAAAGUGACUUUGCUGGACGAAAUCUACGGGAAUUAGACUUCUCUGACUCUGUCCAAGUUGGCCAGUUCCGAGCUGUGGAUUUCUUCGGUGAUGGUUCAUUUUAUAUCAUAGACAGUCCGGGUCACGCAGUCGGUCACCUUGGUGCAUUGGCACGUACCACGACUAAUCCCGAUACAUUCAUCUUCAUGGGAGGUGACCUCUGCCACCACAGUGGGGAAAUCAGGCCAUCCAAGUAUCUCCCCAUUCCUCGUGAUAUUCACCCAAGCUUCCCUACUCCCAGCUCACUUCCAUGUCCCGGGCACCUGGUAUACGAGGAGUUGCUAGUCCGACGGACUGGAUCGGUGGACAAGCCAUUCUUUCGACCAGCCAUGGGACCAGAUAUUGAACAGACAAUAGACACAAUCGAUAAAGCACAGGUGGCCGAUGCAGAUAGCAAUAUCUGGUUUAUUUAUGCUCAUGAUCGCAGCCUGUUGAAAUGUGUGGAUCUGUUUCCCUUGCCGGCUAAUAAUUGGAAGGAAAAGAAUUGGCGGGAGAAAACACUGUGGACUUUCCUUGAAGAGUUUGGAACGGCGAUCAAGCAGAUUUGA